AUGAAGCCUCAUGGCGUCGCUCCUCGGGACUGGUUUGGGCAGCGGGGGCAAGGCCGUGUCCAGAGGCGUGCUCGUGGAGAGUACGGCCCUCUGAACCCGCCACAGGUGAUCCCAGCUCGUCCGCCGGCGCCUGCAUCUGGAGCUCGGGUUCCUGCUGAUACUGCUCCUGCUGCCACCACUGAUGCAUCUUCUGGAGCUCCGCUGUCUGCGGAUGCUGCUGGUGUUGCCGAUUCAUCGCGUGGCACGGAGUCUCCAGCCCCGGCGGGCUCAGCUGCGCAGGCUGCAGAGAGUGCCUCUUCGGCCGACCCAGGAGGCUCUGCGGAAGCUGGUGUCGGCGUGUGCACUCCGCCGACGACGAUUGCACCUUCUUCCGAUGAGGAAGAGGCACCGGCGGCGUCAUCGUCUGCACCGAAGCCGGAUGAGCCUGCUGAAGAGUGGCCCUUUCGGAAGUUGGCCAACAUCCGGCGCACAGAGCAGCUGCCCUAUGGAUGGACGAAGGUCAUGCUGGAGGAUGGCCACGCAUAUUGCUUCCACUCCAAGGCCAAAGUCUGCUGCUGGCAUGUGCCUCAGGUGAUGGAUGGGCUUCCCGAUGCUGAGCCGCUUCCGCCCGGCUUCGAGCCGUGGGAGCUCUGGGACCAGUGGGGCUCGAGCAGAACCCUUCGACACUGGUUCAACCCUGUGACUGGCUCGGUGGCUGCCUACCACGUCUUCGCAGAGCUCUACGAGCGCAAGAAGGCCGAGAUGGAGGAGGCCGAGAUGAAGCGGCGUCGCGAAGUGCAGGAGGCUCGCGAUGCUGCUGCUGAGGAGGCUUUGAGGGGGAAGCGCCGGAAGAGGAAAUAG